CUGCCCUCGAGCUGACAUCUUCUGUCUGACUUUUGAAAUCCCAUAAACCCCGUCCAAGCUAUUGAUCUGCACAUCGUCGCUUCCCAUAACAAUUCUCUAACCGAGCUAUCAAACUGCAAUGAGCGCGGUCCCCGAAAACUCAUCGGCCCCCCAAAAACCACAGGUCCAACCUUGCCGUUACAAGACUGGUAAAACACUUGGCUCGGGGAGUUACAGUGUCGUGAAAGAGUGUGUCCAUAUUGACACAGGGAGGUAUUAUGCUGCAAAGGUCAUUAACAAGAGACUCAUGGUUGGAAGGGAGCACAUGGUUCGAAACGAAAUCGCUGUUUUGAAGAAGGUUUCUAUGGGUCAUCAAAAUAUUCUCACUCUGGUAGAUUAUUUCGAGACUAUGAAUAAUCGCAAUUUACCUUGUCACCGAUCUUGCUCUCGGAGGAGAAUUUCUGAUGCAUCCGAUCUCAUUCGCGCCACUCUAUCGGCAGUUGCUUACUUGCACGAUCACGGGAUCGUGCACAGAGAUUUGAAGCCCGAGAACCUGCUUUUCAGGACUGCGGAAGAUAAUUCAGAUUUGCUGAUUGCUGAUUUCGGCUUAUCUCGAAUAAUGGAUGAGGAGCAGUUCCAUAUAUUGACCACAACAUGCGGUACACCGGGAUAUAUGGCACCCGAAAUCUUCAACAAGACUGGUCACGGGAAACCAGUUGAUGUUUGGGCUAUCGGUGUUAUUACAUACUUCCUCCUCUGUGGAUACACACCCUUCGACAGGGAUAACCAUGUAGAUGAGGUAACUGCGAUCUCCCAAGCAGACUACAAAUUCGAGCCAGAAGACUACUGGAAAGAUGUCUCUGAAACAGCUCGGGACUUCAUCCGUGGUUGUUUAACCAUAGAUCCGAGUGCCCGCAUGACCUGUCACAAGGCCCUAGAGCACCCCUUCCUGGUGGAAGGGUACAGGGGCAAUGACCUUCUCCCUGUCGUUCGCAAAAACUUCAACGCUAGAAAAACCCUCCACGCUGCUAUCGACACUGUUAGGGCCAUCCACAAACUGCGUGAGGGUGGGACAAUGGAUGGCGCGCUGAGUAUCAGCCCCGAAAGCCAGAAAGAGAAGGAGAUAGAGAAGCAGACUGUGGGACUUUGGAGGAAGCCUGCAGGCGGAGUUAUGAAACCUUAAGUAUUGGUUGCGUGAAUCCGGUCUCGUUUUCUCGCCCUUGCUUUUCACGCACUCGGUGAAUAGGGCGAGUAUGUUUCUAUUUCGGUGCUCUAUUAUUCGUUUUUUCCCCUCUUCCCUUUUCUCGUUACCUUUUCUUGUGUGGGAUUUGGCUAGAUGGUUGUAGGGGGCAUGUUGGUCGUGUGGAAGGGUGUUUGAGUUUUACCUACUUUCUGAGUCUCUGUCCGUCUGUCCAUUAGCCUCUAAGGGCGGGUUAGAAUUUUCUGUGUUCUUACUAUGGCUAUCUAUAUGCUGGCCGGCUUAUCUUGUUUUGGAUGUAUUUUCGACAGUGCCGAACCGUGGUCAACGAUGAUUUUUUAUCCAUCU